AUCGUUUUGUGAGAAAGGAUCAGUCUUCUCCCGUGCGUUUAGGAAAAGCCAUAUGUCAACUGCAUUAUGCCUCUCACGCCAGAGAAGUCGCGCUAUCCAUGGCGAAACGCAAAUCCAUGUCUGUAUCGUGGAACACAGAUCACGCUUGACGUCGCACACAGCAAGCCGUAGUCUCUAUCAAAAGACGCAGACUGCAUUUCCUACCAAGUGACAAAAGUCCUGCUGCAUCCUGAAACCCAUAUCCCUGUCUUUGUCGAUGAAUUUACCGGCACCGGCGCAGCUGUGAGAAAGUCCAAGCCGGCCACGGAGCCGCAGUGCUGAAUACGUAGAGAGCGGCCUCUGCUCUUCUGACCCACAAGAAGAAACGCGUAACUCCCGCAUUACUCCAGAUGAUUAACAGUCGUUCGCGGCUGAAUCUUGUUACACAUCACAGGAGCACCUACUUCAACAGGUGAAUCAGUCACGACCCUACCCAAUUGCGUGUAAAUACAGAAUUAUAUGACUCUAUGCCCUCUGAAGAUAGGGCACUACGUAUCCACGUCGUUUCCUUGGUUUGGACGAGGGAGGACAGAGCGUAGCCUUUCACCUUUUGUCUUUUAUUUUAUGGGCAGUGUCGGAAUCGAACCAAUACUUGCGUGCUUGUGAAGCAGAAUGGUCUUUUCGUUUGCCAAAUCCCUUUAAUUCGUGAUACCUUGAUGGCAAGCUCGUGUCUAAGCCCUGCUUUAUGGUGGAAUAGCACUUGCCGGGCCUACUACAGACUGACGUAUCGAUCCACCUGACGGGCUUGUGCGGUCAGAAAGCAGAAAAUGCCUCGUUUUGUGCGCGCGAGGAAGCUGCGCACUCGAGAACUUUCUUCAGACUCUGUAGGUGCCUUGUUGGCUUCUGGACACGACCUGGGCUGAACAUGUCGGCGAAACACAGCGCAAAGAGAACCGCGAAGACGCCCGUGGCAGCCCGAAGUCUUCGCCAGUCAAGUGCAGAAGCCGGAAGGAAAGAAAAUGUGACAAGCACUGAAAAAAACGCGGGCUCGUGCUAAAGGAACAGGCAGAUGCGCAUUUAUUGGCAGGACAACAUUGCGAAGCGCGCAUGUGUGCUCUGCUCGGUGUCUCAUGUCUCGCUGAGGCGAUGCCAUUCAGGAAAAUGGUCCUUGGAAGAAUGGGCAGAAAAGAAAUCGGAACUCAGAGGGUCUCCGCGAUCCUUGUGUUCUGCUUUGCGCAACACAGAACGUUUUGACGGGUUGUUCACCGUCGUCCGCGCUUCUGCAAGUCCUGAAAAGCUGCUCCGCCGCAACGCGAAAUCGGGGAAGCAGCGGCGCGCAUUUCCGCAGUGUAUUGUGUACGCCGGAGAAUUGUCAAAGUUCUUCCCGCAAUGGAACUCUUUGUUACGUCUUCGUUCCCCAGUUUUCGGGCUCCUGUUUCGCAACACAUGCCCAAGUGGCAGCAUUAACCCCAUGCGUCAGCUACCUUGCCCGUUUUCUCUCUUCCUUUCCACUAUGUCAAGACCUCCCUAGGUACUUUGACUCCGCAGAUGCACUUUCUCUGUUUCUUCGCGCUUGCAGAUCUCCGUACUCUCUUCACUUGUAUUCGUCCGCUCCUCUUUCAUCAUAAGCCUUGUUUUCUGUCUCUCCACCUCGUCCGUUUUUCCUUCGUACCCGCUCGUCUGCUCCUUGCCUUAACAGUUCGGUGUGCCCCUCUUCUCGGCUCUUCUGACCGCGGUUCUUCCUCUCUCUCCUCCCUUUCUUCCGAUUCUCUUUCUCCCCUACCGUCUUCUUUUCUUCUCUUUCUCUCGUCUCUCGCCUCGCAGCGCCUCCGCGCCUCCAGCGCCUCCGCGUGCCGCGUGUGCAUCUGCUUUCUCUCUCCUUUCUGUUGUCUCCCCUCCCCAUCUUCCUUCUGUCGCGUCUCCUCCCUCCUCGGUCCUUUCCACUUCCUCUCGCCGCCGAGUCUUCUGCGCUUUCCCUCCGCUCCACGAUGGCGGAUGCAGCUUCUGCUGCAUGCAAGCCUCGCUCCGGAUGCCUCCCGGUGGCUCUCACCCCCUUCACAGAGAGGAAGCUGAAGGCGCUUGCAUGCGCAAUGCUCGAGGGCGAAAGACAGGCCGACUGGGAGUGGACGCGCGACGUCGUCGUCUGGAUGGAAGAAGAAAAAAUUCGACUUUACCCGAGGCACAAACGAGACGCCAUGCGCGUCGUCUCCGACAAACACAAGUGGUGGACCCUCAUGCUUCAAUAUUGCCGCGAUCUAGAAGUGCAGUUAGAUGGCGAAGGACCAGCACCUCCAUGUACACCCGAGAAUCUUGCAGGUUUGCUGGACGUUCUCUCUUCGGUUGCGAUCGCCGACAUUUACGAAGACGCUCUGGAAGGCUCUGAGCUUCCGAUAGACUGUUCAUCUCCUCUGAACGCGCUGGAAAAGAAAGCCGCGUCUGUUUCUUCGGUGGAGAGAAAGCGAAGCGAGCAAACGCAUGCAGAUGGAAUUGCAGAGGACUUGCAGGCGCUUCGGCAGCCACUGAACUCCGUCCUCGCCCGCAUGCACCUCCCUCUUCUCCAAGAAAACGCGGAGAACGGAGAGAUCGUCUCUGCCGUCAAGGCCGUGGCUAUGCGCCUGAAGGCGCCCACUGGGUCUGAGCAGGGCGACGAGAUCCUGCAGGAUAUGGCAGUUGCAUGCCCUCUCCCUGUUGAGAAUUCUGCGUUUUUCAAGGCGUUUGUGUGCGGACUCCGGGCGCUGCACGUGGAGAGUCUCCGGGAAACGCAAGCAGAAAUAAAUCAGCUCAUUGAGGCGCUUCAGGCUCUUAUCGCGGAUCCAGUCACUGAUAACAGACUUGGCCGCGUAGGUAUAUAGUCUGCAUGCGUUUUGAAAGACGCACGACAGUUUACCCCCUUCUCGCUCUGUCUUUCCUGCCCUUGUCGUCACUCGUAUUCUCUCAGUUCUUCUUCCUUCACAUCUUCGUCUUCCUUUCCCUCGACCUCUUCUUCUGCUGCCUCUUCUUCUUUUUCUUCGUCUCCUUCUUCAACUGUCAGCCAUUAAACACACACUUCUGCCCAUCAGGAUUCACACACAAGGCUCUGGCACACACUACAUCCUUGCUCAAACCCAC